AUGCCCGCCGCGUAUGAGCUCCGCCCUGGUGAGACGGGCAAGAGCAAGAAGCAGAGCAUGGCGGAGCUGAAGCUUCGCCGGUUGACUGAGUUGAACCAACGCUUACGGGAAGAUUUGGAGCGCCGCAGGAUACCCGUAUCAGAAGCCGCGUUAGACCUCAUUGCAUUCACGGAUAAAGAGCCCAAGGACUGGAUGGUGCCCUCACGCUGGGGAACGAUUGAUAAGCGCGACGACCCAUAUGCGCCUCAACAGAGCAACGGCUGCUGCGCUGUAAUGUGA